AUGGCUGAAGUCGUCCACGCCCGCACGACGCUCACACCCCGUUCUCCGUCUCGAAAACGUUCAGCGUCCCCAGCAGAAGCAGAGCUCGCCACCGACCCAACCAGCACCGCUGUCACGCAGACGAACAAUGAAACGUCUCUCGCCUCGAUCGAAGAGCCUCCGGCCAAAAAGACAAAACUGAUUCGCCGCAAGCGCCGCCCGGCGCGGCCUCAAGUUGACCCCUCGACGAUCAAAUCCGAGCCACCUCCGCAAACGGGGACGGUGUUCAACAUCUGGUACAACAAGUGGUCUGGUGGCGAUCGAGAGGAUUCUUACUUGACCACCCAUGCAGCCCCUUCGCGGUGCAACAUCCGGAACGACUCUGGAUGGACGGCAGCAGAUAAGACGCCGGGGAGCUACUUCUGCCUAUUCUUCGCGAGAGGACUAUGUCCGAAGGGCCAUGAAUGCCAAUACCUCCAUCGACUACCCACGAUAUACGACGUGUUCAAUCCGAACGUCGACUGCUUUGGGCGGGACAAACACAGCGACUACCGAGACGACAUGGGUGGUGUGGGAAGUUUCAUGAGGCAGAAUCGCACGCUAUAUGUGGGGAAGAUCCAUGUGACGGACGAUAUCGAGGAGGUCGUGGCACGGCAUUUCCAAGAAUGGGGGGAGAUUGAACGCAUCCGCGUUCUCACCAACCGCGGCGUCGCUUUCGUCACGUACGUCAACGAGGCGAACAGCCAGUUUGCGAAAGAAGCCAUGGCUCACCAGGCGCUGGACCACAAUGAGGUAUUGAACGUUCGAUGGGCCACGGUGGAUCCGAAUCCGCUCAGCCAGAAGCGAGAGGCCGCCCGGAUCGAAGAGCAAGCCGCUGAGGCCGUCCGGCGGGCGCUGGGUGCGAGAACGGUCAGGGAGAUCGAAGGACGCGAGACGAGAGAGGAGAGGGACCAGAGGCGCAUCGAGAGCAGCUAUGGACUGGAAGGAUAUGAGGCGCCGGAGGCGAUUUGGUCCACGCAACAACAGCAGAGAGAGCUCGAAGGGCAGAAGUUGGGCGAGAGGGGGUUGCUGGAGGCUCCUCCUGGCCCGGAAGCUGGCCCGGAGCAGCAGGGUUCGUCCACGGAAAGACAUACUGCGGCUCCAGAAGCGCCUACAUCACAAGCAGGCCAGGAAGGGAGUAGCAAUGGUCAAGCCCCGCAGAACGGCAUCUUGUCCGGUUCGACGCUGGUGGCUCUGAAGGGAUAUACCGCGGGCGCAGGGUCUACCCGGGCGUCAAAACCUGCUGCAUCAGCCGGACCACUUGUGGCGUACGGUAGCGACGACGAGGACGAAGAUUGA